AUGUCACUUCCUAGUGCUAUCAGAAUGACCGCUUCAUCGAACCCAACCGGUGCCCUUAUCUUCUUCCAUGGAUUAGGAGACUCUGGUAGUGGCUGGUCUUUUUUCCCACAACUUAUCAAGAGAGCAAAUAUCGUUCCAAACUCGGACAGUAUUAACUAUGUAUUCCCCAAUGCUCCAGAAAUCCCAAUUUCUGUGAAUGGUGGAUACAGAAUGCCUGGAUGGUUUGAUAUUUACGAAUUUGGUAAUCCAAAUGCCAAACAGGACGUCGCUGGAUUUCUCAAGUCAUGCGAGUUGGUCAAGGGUUAUAUUAAAGAACAAAUGACCACUUACAACAUCCCAGCUGAAAAGAUUAUUAUUGGAGGUUUUUCUCAAGGGGCUGCCCUUACUUUAGCCACUUUAGCCCUUCUUGACAUUAAGAUUGGUGGUGCAGUUAUCUUUUCUGGAUUCUGUCCUAUCAAGAAGGAAUUGGGUGGACUUUUGAACAAAGCCAACUUUGAUACUCCUGUAUUCCAAGGUCAUGGUACUGCAGACCCAGUUAUUGCCCAUGAAUUCGGACAACAAACUUCUGUUUUGUUCCAAGACCUUGGGUUCAAGAACUUCAAGUUCCAUAGUUACCCUGGAUUGGCUCAUAGUGCCAGUGAAGAAGAAUUGGAACAAGCAAUGGAAUUUAUUAAAAACGUUCUUAAAUAA